ACAAGAUGGCUGCCAUAGUAAAUAUUAAAUGAGCAUGGUUGCAUCUGUCGGAAACAUCGCUAGUAUUCAUUUAUUAGGGCCUACUGAAAAAUUUUAAUUCAAUUGUUUAAAAACAGUGCUAAAUUUAGCAACAGUAAACAGCUGACAAGAAUGGCUAAUAAACAUAAAUCUUCAAGUAAUAAGAAAGCCAAAGAAGACGAUUCAUCAUCUUCUUCAUCAUCAUCUUCUUCAUCAUCAUCUUCUUCAUCAUCUUCUUCUUCAUCUUCUUCGGCAUCAUCAUCAUCAUCUAGCAGCGAUACAUCUGAUGAAGAUUAUGUAGAAGAAGAAGAAAAGUCAUUUAAGUGUAAGGUGUGUAGCAGAAAAUUUGCUAGAAAAUGUGCUUAUGCGCGACAUAUAAAAGUUCACUCCAGCCCCCAAAGCAAAUUUGAGUGUGAUGUAUGUCAUAAAAAGUUUACAAAGAAGAAAGAUUUAUCUAUGCACAAAAUUCACUCAGGAAAAGAUCAUUCAGCAGAAAACACUGAAGAAAAUGAGGCAGAAAAUAAGUCAGUAGACAAAACACUUGAAUUGAAUCUAAAAGACAAACCUUACGAGUGUGACGUGUGUCAGAAGAAAUUUAAAUACACAAGUACCCUAGCCAAGCAUAAAAAAAAAUUCCAUCCCGUUGAUAAACCAGAUGAAGAAAAACCAGAAGAGAAAGUUUUUGAGUGUAAGGUGUGUCAUAAAAUAUUUGAAAACAGGAAUCGCUUGUAUAAUCAUAAUAAAACGCAUAUAAAAGAGAAACCUUAUGAGUGUGACGUGUGCCAAAAGAAGUUUGGACGUAAAGGAUUUUUAGAGCAACAUAAAGUAAUUCACACCGGAGAGAAACCUUUUGAAUGUGAUGUAUGUCAAAGAAAGUUUGUUUUCAGCCAACAUUUACAACAACAUAAAAAAUAUUUGCAUGGAACAAAUCAACCCUAUCAGUGUGAGCAGUGUCCCCAAAAGUUUUUUCACCUGAGGACAUUCCUACUACAUAAACAAUACCACUCAGGCGUGAAACCAUUUGGGUGUGAUGUUUGUCAAAAGAGGUAUCAUUUAAAAUGUAAUUUAGAACUGCAUAAGCGAAUGCAUACAGGAGAUAUGGAGCAUCAGUGUGAAGUAUGUCAGAGGAAAUUUAACAGAAAGUACCUUUUAAAUGUACAUAAAUUAAGUCACUUAAAAGUAAAACCAAUUAAGUGUGAUGGAUGCAAUAGAAGGUUUUUAAAGAAGGCAGAUCUAACUAAACAUAAAAAGUGUUGUACAAGAGGAGAGGUCUUUGAAAAUAAAGCAUGUCCACAAACAAUUCUUGAUCGGAAGAAUUUUUUAAAUCCUAAAAAAACACACUCAGAAAAUCCACAUUUGGAAUGUAAAAUCUGUCAUAAAAUGUUUUUUAAGCAUGAAACUUUGUACAGGCAUAAAAAAAUGCAUUUUGAUGCUCAGUAUGAAUGCAAUGUAUGUAACAAAAAGUUUUAUUUUCGAAGAGAAUUAAUUAGACAUAAAGAAAUUCACAACCCUAACCGACCAGAGAUACUACAUGAGUGUGAUGUCUGUCAUAAAAAUUUUCUUUCUGUAAGAACUUUGCAAAGUCAUAAAUUAGUAAUUCAUGCAGCUGAGAGAAAUUUUGAAUGUGAUGUUUGUCAUAAAAAGUUUCCACUAAUACGUACCUUAGUGGAACAUAAGCGUAGACAUAUACCGGUGAAACGAGAAGAAUUUCCGUGUGAUGUAUGUCAAAAGAAAUUUACUCUCAAGGAAUACCUAGUUCGUCAUAAGAAAAGGUUGCAUCCCAUCCAUACUGCUACUACAUGUUACGUUUUGGAAAAUCCUGAAUCCAAUUUAGUUACUUAUUUUUUUGUGUGUGAAUAGAUUUUUUUUGCCUUGUGAAUUCCAGGUGAGGGCCUGUCUUGUUAUGCUGGAUACAGGCUUCCUGAGUGUUUUACCAAUCCAUUUCCAUUUUCAACUGGCAAACUUUAUGUACCUAGGUUUUAAAUUUUCAUAAUUGACAUAUUUAAAAGAAGAAUAUUCUAUACCUCACAUAGUAAACACUGUGUGAUAGAGUAGUUGAGCAAAUCUGAAAGUUUAGAGACUCAAGUCUGUAGGUUGUCCCCGAGUCCAUCCAGCACUAAUGGGUACCUGACUAAUGGUAGAGAAAAUAAACGCGGCUGAACAUAGUGCUGACCACAUCAUUCUGUCAUUUGCCUAAGUAAAAAAACAUCUUAACUUCAUCUGCUCUAUGGAUCAUUAUAUCUAUAAUGUGAACUUAACUUUAGUAAAAAAAAUAAAUAAUAGUAUUGUUUUCUCCGCAUGUACAUAACCAUAAUUGUCUGACAAUUAAACUCUUGUUUUUAAAACCCAUGAUGUACAGCUUGCUGAGAAUGUUUUAUUAUUUGUAAAUACAUUUCUUGUUAAUGUUAUGCUUGUUAAUUUUUUCUCCUGCUAAUAAUAGCAGUCCACCAAUCUAUACUAUUUUUUAAAUUCAAGAUAAAAUCUUAAAACACUGUACCUUUGUGUGUCAUGUACCUAUCAUUUCUAUAUUUUAAAUCACCUUAAUUUUUAAAAAUCAUAUUGUUGAAUAUAAUAUUAAACAUUAUGAAUCAUGUAAAAAUAUUUGUU